UGUCAUUCGACAUUCGAUGUGUAACAAAUUUGUUGGAUUUGCAUGAAUUUCCUUUAAUUUACACAAGAAACCUAAUUGUUUUCAAAAGUUUUAAAAUUAUUGUGAGCCCUUAAGUUUCGCCUUUCAAUAACUAAUGUUUAUAUCAAACUUUUUUAAUAACAAACUGCUAAUAGCAUCUUCUGUAGUACUUGGUGCAGUAAUAAUAUACAAGCUCUUUAAAAGUAAUAAAAUUUCCACCCCUAGGAAAGCAAGAAAACCUUCCCCUGAAGGCAUGGACGAAAUGAUGACAGGUGAACGAGAUUGUCUUGUACCAAAGGUUACGGAUGCCUUCACCCUUGGGGAGCUGAUAGGAUGUGGUUCAUACUCUAAUGUAUACAAGGCCGUAGAAAAGGACACAAAAUUGGUGAUCGCUAUCAAGUCCUAUAAAAUGAGAAAGAAGACAUCAUCAGAAAUUUCUAGGGCCGCUGUUGAAAUGGCAUUUGUUAAAUUUUUGCAACAUCCAAACAUUAUUCGCUAUAUUUUAUGUGAUAUUAAGUGCAGGUAUAUGUACCUUGGAAUUGAAUAUUCUUGUUUUGGAUCUCUUCAAAAAGUAAUGCCUAAAGACCACACUGCUCCUGAGAAAGUGGUGCAAAUACUUAUGAAGCAGCUACUGUCUGCACUUAUUUACCUGCAUGGUUUAUCUAUCAUGCAUGGAGAUGUAAAACCAGAAAAUAUAAUAGUAACCAGAAUAGAACCAAAUCCAUUGAUUAAAUUAAGUGAUUUUGGGUUAGCAGAAAUAUUCUAUAAUGCUGAAGAAAGGGGGAAAAAAAUUGGCUCAUUUUUAUAUAUGGCACCUGAGCUACAUUUGGGAUUUCCUUAUGAUUUAACUGCUGACCUAUAUUCUGCAGGAGUUGUUAUGUAUGAAUUGCUUUAUGGUAGAAGACCAUUUCCUUCAAAAGCAAGCAGAGAUGAAUACAUACAGCUUCUUAGAAAAAGAGUACCCAUUCAGUAUCCACCUCUAGUAACUGCCCAACUUACUACAAAUUGUCUCAAUUUGGUAAAAUCUCUUCUUCAAUAUGAUAAGCAAAAUAGGCCUACUGCUGAAAACCUUACUAAACACCCAUUUAUAGAACUAGAAACUCAGAACUUUGUAAUAGACAACCAUUACGUUAUGGGUUGUGAGUGCCUCAUCAAAAGUGUAGAAUUAGUUGACGAUAAAAAAUAUGGUCAAGCUUAUGUUGAAGCCACUGAGGCCCUUUUACACCUUAAAAUUUAUGCUAAAAGUAUUUUACCGGAUCAAGGGUUGUUCUUUCAUUUGAUGCAAAAUAUUAGAAGCUAUUCACAGUACUUAUCACAAAUUGAGAUUCGAAUUAUGAUAGAGAGAGAUUAUGAACCCAUUAAUAUGCCCAUGUUAUCAGAGAGACUUAGAUGUAUGUUAUCUUCUACCCCUUCUCUACUCACUGGGUAUGACAUGUGUUUGGUCGGGGAAAUGUACAUAAGACAAGAUAAAAAGGAAGAGGGUGUUAGAAAAUUGAAAGAUGGAUUAGAUGUGUUGUUCCUUAAUAUACGCCAGGAACCUCUUGGAGAUAGGAGAACCAGACUUUUGCAAAGGAUGAAAACAUGGGUAAACCUUUUAGAAAGUUUGGACACUAAAGCAGUGGAAACUGGACCUGAGACAAAAUAGUUAUUUAUAUUUAUUUUUUGUUCUAGUUUAAUUUUGUUUUCUGUUGUCUGUCGUUUUAAAUUGAUGUUUAGAAAUAACUGUGUUGUUGAUAGUUAUUAUCUAAACGUGGUUUAAUAAUUUUUUUUAUUAAUAUUAGCCUACAAAUCAAGCAAAUACAUCACUAGAAUAAUAGAAAUAACAGCUGUAUUUCACCAAACUGGUUUCGUAGCACCUCGACAUAUUUUUUAACAACUAAGUUGGCAAUCAUCUGAAGAUUGCAAGUUAGUUGCUAAAACAUAUAUUGAGCUGGUACAAAAUAGGUUUAGUGAGUGGUAAAACUUUUAGUUUUAUUAUUCAUUUCACUGCCAAAUAUGAAGGUGAGCUCGACAAAUCAUAUAUUAUUAAAUAAAUAACAAAAUUUCCGAGCCUUGGGUGGAGGGGAAGAAGGGGUUUUUGUUCAUAAAUAUUCCAUUUGAUUUCAUACCUAUUAACGUUUUCAAGACAGGUAUGAAGUGAAACUGUAAUUACAUGAACAAACUUUACCUAUUAAAUAUGUAUUUAUAUUUAAACAAAAUAUAUACAGGGUGUUUCAGAAUAAAGUACCGUAAACAGAGGGACUUGUAGGUCUUAACUAAUUAUUAGGAAAAACUAAAUAUAAUUUUUCUGUAAACGACCCAGUUUUCAUAGAUACAUAAUUUAUGAAAUAUCUUCCUUUUUUUGAACAUAGAAAAGGGGCUCAUGGUUGAUCUCUGUAGAACAUUCCACUUCCGAGUUUUUCAGUUUUAGUCCUACCCAAACAUGAAACCUAUGUAAAAUUUUAUCAAGGGCCGAUUUCAUAAUGAAUAUUAAAAGGUCCAUUAACUAACCAAGAUCUUAUGGACUUAAUGGCUCCAUUAGUUAAUGGGCCUUUUAAUAUUGAUUAUGAAAUCGGCCUUUAAUAAAAAAUUGCAUUUUUUGAAUUUCAUAAUGUACAUAGCUUUCGUGUGUGAGUAGAGCUAAAACUGAAAAAUCUCAGAAAUGGAUCAAAACUCACACAUGGCUACCCCAAGUUUGAAGAAAUAGAUUGUUUUACAAAGACAAACAAAGAGCUCCUUUUCUGUGACAAAUUGCGAGAAGAAUAAUUUUUAAGUUAAAGUCAUUAGCUACCAUGAUAUUUAGAAAAUUAUGUAUUUAUGAAAAUUAGUACCUUUAUAGGAAAAUUAUAUUUUAGCUUUUUUAAUAAUUAGUUAAAAUCUACAAGUCUCCCAGUUUACAGUAUUUUAUUCUGAAACACCCUGUAUAACCAGACUGAUGUAAUUUAAUGAUUAUAAUUAUUGAUGUAGAAUUAUUAAACAUUUUUAGUUUAAAUUGAAUUUGAUGUAAACCGAGCUGAGAGUUAAAUGGUUUAAUUAUAAAUUAUUUAGAAAACAUUAACUCAAUUUACUAGUUUAUUUUGAUCAGAUUUUGAACUAAGAUCAUACAUUAUUAAAACAUUUCUAUAUUUUUGAAUGAACUGCCAAAACAGCAUCAAUCUAUAUAAAAUCUUGAUUGUUAACUCAAUGUAUACUAUAACAAACUAAGUAAUCUCACAUAAAGUUUGCAAGGUACGCGGCAAUAAAUAUUUUAAGUUUGUAAAAUUAAAACAUUAAAUAAUCAUUUUUCUAAUCAUUUAUUAUUAAAUCGCAAAGUAAAAUAUUAAUUAUUGUAAAUAGUAAUGUUUGUUUACAGACAAAAAAAGUUCAAGCUCGGUGAAGCAUUUUCUGUGUCAUCUAAAUAUUAGCUUUCUAUACAGUUCCUAUUGAAAUUUAUUGUACAUUCUAAGUCAAUGUUAGAUAUCUGCUGACGAAAAUAGAGAUAAUUAUAUUGAUUUUUAAAUAUUGUCUGUCCAUCGAAUUGAAUUAGAUCUCUAACUUCGUUUGCUCGAGUCUGAUUUAAGUUUUUCCAUUUGGAAAUUGUUGAUACACGGCUGUGGUAAGUCAAAUACAUGUUGGAUAUUUUUUUAAAUAAAUUGUUCUAUUUAAUUUUCACAAAUUUUAAAAGUGUACCUAAAAAUAUAUGAAUUAAUUAAAAAUAUGCUCUUUUAUUUUGAGUAUAUCUACAUGUACUGGAUGGUCUGUUUUUAAUUUUCCUAUACAAUUAUUUCAUAAAUCAACAGAUAUGGAGGAUCCGAGGGGUAAACCACUGAAGUCAAUUGGAAAUCACCAAAAAUUCGUAUGAUUUCAGUGAUCUAUAAAUUUUCUUCUUGAAUAUUCAAAUUACCUUUGUUGGGGCCUUUUAUUUGUUUUUUGAUCGACUUUUUUUGGGGGAUUUUUUUAUCCACCACCUACUUUUAUAUUUUAUAUUAUAUUUUCGGUGAUGAUUACCGAAUUUGCGUGAUGAUUUCGAGAUAAUUUCCGAAAUCAUGGCCGAAAUAACUACGAAAUCAAUUUGCUUCAAAAUAUAAACGCAGCAGGUGGUGGAAUAAUAAAAAAUGAAUAGCCAAAAAAUGUAAUAAAGGUAAUGAAAACUGACUCGGAUCGGGGAACAAGACGUGAAGAUAUUUGUGUGUUUUAGGCGACUGGCCCCGCAUAUGGGAAAUUUUUGUGUUUGCGCUAUCAUAAGUCUCUCGUUUAGUACGUAAAAAAUCUAUCAAUUUCUUCCUCACUAAUGGUC